UGCAUUGCGAUGCAAACUCAUUUUUAAAAUAGGAAUAAAAAAGAUCGAUUCUAUCCAAAAUGGACAUCUCCAUAAAGCCAGUUUUUUCGUUCUCUCUAAACUAUAAGGUGUUUGAGAAGUUGGUGACUUGUGGCAAGUACGAUGGCAUACAUUCAUGUUUGACCGUGGUGACCAAUGCGGAUAAGAUAUUGAUACACACUCCUCACAAACGGUAUGGAUUGCAAAAUUCGAAACUUUCAAUAUCGGAAAUCAAGAAUGACAUCGCGAUGCUCAAUAUGAACUUUCCCAUUCGGGCCAUCAUCGCCGGAAAGCUGAAGAGAGACGAUGAUCGAGACAUUCUGGUUAUUGGGAGUUCAUCUCACUUUCUUGCUUACCAUGUGGAUGAAAAUUACAAUCUAUUUCAACGUGAUUUCCAUGAAGGUGUUCGAUCGCUACUGAUUGGUGCGUUUGGUAGCUUUCCGGGUAAUACGUUGAUUGUAGGCGGAAACGCAAUAAUUAAAGGAUUCGACUCCGAAGGCAACGAAAUUCUUUGGUUGAUUACGGCUGGAGGUGUUAACUCAUUACUGCUGAUGGAUAUUGAUAAAGAUGGUCAAAACGAGCUAAUCGUAGGCACCGACGAUGGGUGUAUCAAAAUGUAUAAAAAGGAUUCGGUACUGCAUGAGUUUACCGAGGGUAACGAGAUUCAAAAUCUUAUGACGAUCAGCCCCAGCCAGUUUAUGUACAGUGUCAAAAACGGAACCAUCGGCGUGUUUGAGGAGAGUGUUCGUAUGUGGAGAAUAAAGUCGAAGACCAGGGUCACGGCGAUGGCCAUGUACGACAUAUUGGGCUGCGAAAAUAAACAAAUUAUAGUCGGCUGGAAGAGUGGCAAAAUCGACGUGCGCGACUCCCAGAACGGAGAUGUGCUAUUCAAAAUGAAAUUGAACGACUUCGUGUGUGGGAUAACGUGUAACGAUUACCGCGGGAUUGGCAUUCUCGAUCUGGUGGUCAUUACAGCAGAUGGCGAAAUUCGUGGGUACACCACACCGCACGUAAACCUGUUGAAUUUACAUAACAUCGCUGAUGAGGAAAUGAACGGUCUUUUGUCUCAGAAGCAGAAACUGUUAUUAGAACUGAAGCAUUACGAAAAUAACAUCAAAUUUAACAAGGAAAUAAUGGGAAACAUUGAUUCACAACUGGUUCAAAGUGUUCCGGACAAUGUAGGUGUAAUUCCAUCGAACACACGGUUGCAAAUUGGCAUAUCAACCAGUUAUGAUAGCAACGAUAUGAACAUUGACAUAACAGUGUCAACGAAUAAUGCCACCACUAUUCGGGCGGUGUUGAUCUUUGCAGACCAACUUUUUAAGGAGGAAACUUUGAUAGCUCAUUUGACGAAGGAUGUUUCGAGAAUCUUGAUACCGCUGAAAACAUUGAAGGACAAUGCUCAGGACAUUCAUAUCAAAGCAUUCGUUGGUUAUCCCACGAGCGUGCAGUUCCACGUGUUCGAGCUUACCCGCCAGUUGCCAAAGUUUGCAAUGUAUACCAUCCCUCAGAGUCUCACCGGUUCACCAAAAAGUAUCUCAUACAUCAAUGGCCUCGCGGUUAAAGAUACUCCUGUCGACAGUUAUGCUGAAUUUCGAAUCACGGAGCGCCUGAAGAGAAUUUGCAUAUGGAUCAAUCAGAAUUUCCUGCUCCCCUCGGACAUUGAGUACAUGACAUCAUCGGACUCUGACGCAACGGAGUUGAAGCUGAACCUAAUCAGCCUGCGCACCGGUAAAAAUGUGUGCCUACACUUUAACAAUGACGGCAAAACUCGUUUUUACACCGAGGACAUUGGUCUGGCCGGUGACCUCAUUCAGUCAUUGGUGCAGUUUCUGAACAUCGAAAAUAUGAAUUCUGUGGCUUGCUUUCCAGUUGUUUACGAGGAAAUCAAAGAUCUUUUCAAUAAAUUGCAAGGCUUGCAAGAGACUGAAAAGCAGAUCAACUCAGAAAUCCUAGAUAACGUAAACCAAAUUAAAAGUCAUCUCAUACGGGCAGAGGAUGCUCGCUACUACAAUGGGGAUGACGUUAUCAAAUACCACAACGAGAUGAUGAACACAAACCAAGACCUGGUGAAAAACUACAAGAUUCGACUGGUCAACACAAGCGAAGUCCAGUUGGCAUUAAAACGCAUCCACAACAUUCUGUACAGCGCAUCGAAGCUGAGAGUUGGAACGUUUGCCGCUUCAAUCAUCAACAAGUUCAAAGAUGCCUUGAAGACGAACAACAUCGAAGCCGUGGUGAAAAUAAUCGAGCUCGGGGAGAUGUAGGUGCCAGCAGACAGUUGGAUCGUGUGGGAUAGGGUUGCGCUUACGGAUUGUAUUGAAUCAUGUGCGGAGGUGGUCAGACCGGUGUUUCGUCCCGGGUGAGUAAGCGGCAUCGGCUGAGUGGAGUUGUGACAUGAUAUUUUGUCUUGUCUGUGCUUUGCCUUUU